CGUCAAUAUUUAAGUCACAAGCUGCCGGCUCACUCCUCACAACGACCGCAGCUCAUGUCCACGUUCAGACGACAACCCGAGAGAACUGUUUGCAAGAUCGAACAAGAAUUGCACGAUGAAUAUCUGCGUGGCCACCAUUCUGUCAAUCGCCCUACUUCUGGGGAAUUCUGUCAAGCUCCGAGCUUCCGUUAUUGGGCCGGUUCCCUCGGACGGUGAUGGUCCUGCGUCUCAGGUGUGUCAGCAGUGCUGCCAGGGACCUGCUGCAAUACCCGGCAUACCAGGUCUGCCUGGUCCAGUAGGACCUAUGGGGCCGUACGGUCAGCCUGGGUCAAAUGGCGAUGCAGGUCAGCAAGGUGAAAUUGGCCCUAUUGGACCUAUGGGUGAGCGAGGAGCACCUGGGAACACUGGGUCUAAAGGUGAUAAUGGGAUUGGUCUGCCCGGCAAGAUAGGUCCGAGAGGGCUACCUGGUUUUGCUGGAGGAACUGGGAAAACUGGUGUCAAAGGUCAGAAGGGUGAGCCAGAGGAGACACCAGACGACUCCAACCAGCGGGUGGCAUUCACCGUGGUCAGGACGAGCGGCUCAGAUGAAUCUUCGAGUCACGACACCCGUUUGCCCUUUCAGCAGACCGAGACGCUUCUGCCGGGUACCAGCUUCGAUCUCGAGACCGGCACGUUCACAUGUAGUGUGCCGGGCACCUACGUAUUUACGUUUUCUGUUCUUAAGUAUAGCAACAGCGGUGGUCUUUACAUCCAUCUUGUUAAAAACAACUACCAUGUGAUCACUACCCAAGGUAUAUCAAAUCAACGAGGUCAGUUUUCUGGUAGCGCGGUGCUGGCUCUUCAGCAAGGAGACACGGUAUAUCUUACCAUGUACGGUAGGGCGUAUAGCCAUCCCACCUCUCACUACACCUCAUUCAGUGGCUUCCUC